AUGCAGGUUAACACGGACACUAAAGGAGAUGCGGACGCAGCCACGCGUGCCGGGAAGCGCAUCGCCGCCUCUGACUGCGGGAAGCAGCGAGCCCGCGGAGCCCGCAGUGAGCACGGGGCUUUGCGCAUCGCUGCCUCUGACUGCGGGAAGCAGGAGCCCGCGGUGCGCACGGGGCUUUGCGCAUCGCCACCUGACUGCGGGAAGCAGCGAGCCCGCAGUGCGUACCGGGGCUUUGCGGUGAUGUCCGGCUGUGCCGGCAGUGGAUUCCCACCUGUCCACGCUGUGUUCCCAGUGGAGCCCCAGCUGUCCCCACUGCAAGACCACACUGACGUGGUCUACACCUACGGUACUUGUUUCCUCGUGGUGCUGAGGAAGAAACUUAGGGCCUUCACAUGUCAGGAUCUCCCCGUGAGGAAGAGACGCCCGCCGGCAGAGCCGCCAGCGCGCGCGGCUCUCGGCUUCCAGGACCCCGGAGGGGAGGCGCGCCGCCGGCAGGGCUGGACCGGAAGCGCGCUCGGAGGCCGGGACCCCGCCCUGCCCACACGCUUCCGGCGUUGGCGUAGGCGACGUCGCCGACGUCGUCCCGGUCCCGGCCCCGGCCCCGGCGCGCCGCGAGCCGUCCCGAGCGCUCGCCCCGGCCCGCCGGCUCCCCGGCGUCCUUCCCGCGCCGCCGCCGCCGCCCCGCCGCCCGCAGCCCUGGCGCUCCCCGCCGGCCCCGCCGAGGCCGCCUGCGCCCUGUGCCAGCGCGCGCCCCGCGAGCCCGUGCGCGCCGACUGCGGCCACCGCUUCUGCCGGUCGUGCGUGGUGCGCUUCUGGGCGGAGGAGGACGGGCCCUUCCCGUGCCCCGAGUGCGCCGACGACUGCUGGCAGCGCGCCGUGGAGCCGGGCCGCCCGCCGCUCAGCCGCCGCCUGCUGGCCCUGGAGGAGGCGGCCGCCGCCCCGGCGCGCGAUGGCCCGGCCAGCGAGGCGGCGCUGCAGCUGCUGUGCCGCGCCGACGGGGACCCGCUGUGCGCCGCCUGCCGCAUGGCCUCGGGCCCGGAGCCGCCGGAGUGGGAGCCGCGCUGGAGGAAGGCGCUGCGCGGCAAGGAGAACAAAGGGUCGGUGGAGAUCAUGAGGAAGGACCUGAAUGACGCGCGGGACCUGCACGGCCAGGCCGAGUCAGCCGCCGCUGUGUGGAAGGGACAUGUGAUGGACCGCAGGAAGAAGGCCCUGACUGAUUAUAAGAAGCUGCGGGCUUUCUUUGCUGAGGAGGAAGAGCACUUUCUGCAAGAGGCUGAGAAGGAUGAGGGCAUCCCGGACGAAGAGCAUGCCGACCCUGCUGAGCGGUUCCGGUGCCUGCUUCAGGCUGUGUCAGAGCUGGAGAAGAAACACCGAAACCUGGGCCUCAGCAUGCUGCUGCAGGGACAGGAGGAAGAAGUCAGACAUUCAAUUAAAGCAGAAGCCAAAAGGCCGAGAAUCCCAGAGAGAGAUGCUCCAAUUUAUUAGAUCUUUGAGAAACAAAAAAUGACGUGCUCCUAGGAGUGAGUGGCAUCGGGAAGGUAGAGAUAAAAAACGCCUUCUCCCAGCCUUACUGCCGAGUGCGCUACACCUGGCAGGUUUUGCCAGAUUUUAAAGUCAGUGACUCAAGAACCCAGCAAUUCCAUUGUGGUGUUUUCUGAAGAAAUCCUCUUCAGUGCACAAGGUUACGGUACAUCCUGUGUAGUUCCACUAUUGGAAGUGGUGGUACACAGGAGCAGACAUCUACACCCUGUUCUGGAGAGGAGGAAGGUAAAUGGGAGGAGACCAUGGGGUAGGUCACACCUCUGGGAGGGAUAAACUGACACAGCUGCAUAGCGGGACUGCAGGGCGCCAUGUAAUGGAGACACAGGGCUACCGUUACACCUGCAUACACAGCAGUCCAUGUUUCAAAAAGACACUAUAGGCUGAUCGCCAAAUGGCAAGAGAAAUUUGGAAGAAGACUAAGACUGAGGGCAUGAGUUGGCUCAGAACAAGAAGGAAACAGGCCCGCGGUGGAAGCGCCCUACCUUGGGCCUUCCUUUGCUUGUCUGUAGGAAGCCAAGUUCUAGGUCAAUUUAAGUCUGACCUAGUUUGGAGUUUUUGCAGUAGCACCUUACCAAAUCUCCGGGAGUAGAGCUAGUGAAAAGAGCCUUCAACGUUUUGUUUUGGGAACAGUAAAAUGGUGAGCAUACUGGAACAGGUUUGCGCCCAGUCCAGUAGAUUAACAAUGAAUGCAGUGACCUCUUAGCAUCCACAGGAACUGGUUUUAAGAGCAAACUCUGUGCCCUCAAGUACGUAUUUAAAAUGUCAUUAUUAUUUGCAUGUAACCUGUACACAUCUUUAGUUUUGAUCAUCUCUAGAAUACUAAUAUCUAAUGCAAUGUAACUGCUGUUUAAAUCGCUUUAUAUUGUUUAAAGAACAAUGACGAGAAAAGCCUGUAUGUGUUCAUUACAGAUGAAUUUUUCUCCAAAUA